GUUUCAGUGGUCCACCGUCUCCUCUCCACUACAGUUGAGCCUUUCCUUUUCCCGGACCGAACCGAAUCCGAAAGCGAUCGAUAUCGUAGAAAAAAAGAAACAAGUGCAAAGUGCGUGUGUGCAUAUAUUAAGUGUGUGUUUCGGCUCGUGUUUCUCGAAGGAAACUGAAAAUUCAACAUCCGUCACAAGCAACGUUUUUGUGUUUCCAUAGACAACCAGGUUAUUGUUUUGUGCGUACAAAGGGUGCGCGUUGUUACCAAAAAAAAUGAAUGCGAAUCGAUUCGAGAUCUCGGACAAUGCCGACGAGCUGAACCAGGAGAUCGACGACACCAACUUCCCGCGCAGUAAUUCAAUCAACGGAACCGAAUCGAUGAUCAGCUUGAACGGACAUGCCGGAAUGACACCGUUCGCGACACGGCGUCGUUCGAGCAGUCUACGGAAGACCGACUCGGAAGUGGUGGACGAUGAAGCCGAGGGCGGUGACAACGCUAAAGUUGUGGCCACCACGGCACCGGAUUCGCUGGAAAAUGGUGGCCCCGAGGUGAAUCGAGCCGUUCCGGCUCCGCUCAGGACUUCCAGCUUCUCAGGUGAGGUGUUUGCUGGGGGGAAUUCCGUUCCGAGUACUCCGCGCACCAUACUGACCCCAGGCCACGAAAAGUGCACAUUCCAUCAUGAUCUGGAACUGGACCACAAACCGUUGACCCGAGAGGAUCUGUUGCCGCUGAUGUCCAAAUCGUACCGAAUGCUGCUGAGCAGCCUCGGCGAGGAUACCGAACGACAGGGUCUGUUGAAAACUCCCGAACGUGCUGCCAAGGCUAUGUUGUUCUUCACGAAGGGCUACGAUCAAAGCUUGGAAGAGGCUCUCAAUGGCGCCGUGUUCGACGAGGACCACGACGAAAUGGUAGUGGUGAAGGACAUUGAAAUGUUUUCGAUGUGCGAGCACCACCUGGUUCCGUUCUACGGCAAGGUGUCGAUCGGCUAUCUGCCCUGUAAGAAGAUUCUUGGCCUAAGUAAACUAGCCAGAAUCGUGGAAAUCUUCUCCCGUCGACUGCAGGUUCAGGAACGUCUAACGAAACAGAUUGCCGUAGCCGUCACUCAGGCCGUCCAACCGGCCGGGGUUGCCGUCAUCAUCGAAGGAGUACACAUGUGCAUGGUGAUGCGGGGCGUCCAGAAGAUCAAUAGCAAAACGGUUACUUCCACGAUGUUGGGAGUAUUCCGCGACGAUCCGAAAACCCGCGAGGAGUUCCUAACUCUGUGCAACAAUAAGUAAGCAGCGGGUCGAUCCCAGCGAGAGAAAGUGCGUUAAACUUUACAAUGAAACGAAAUGUUGUACCGUAGCCUGUGUAGGAAAUUUUAAACUCAUCCAUUUGUGGCAGGAUCAGAAGAUAUCGGUCUGUUGUCUAUUUUAGAAAGAGUUAUUUAAAGUCAACCGAAUUUUAUUGUGUACGAACAUACAAUGAGCGUAAAAGUGUCUGGUCUGGAACUUAUGAUAAAUUGUUGUUAAUAAAAAAUUGUUACGUCUAUACGAGAGAGAGAAUAACCAACUGCACACUAAACGAAUGAAUAUGAUAGAAACAUCAAAUCGGGGACCAACCGAGAGAUACAAUGAAACAAUCAUACUCUUAUAAUAUUGCCAAUAAUAAACAUACAAGGGACAUUUACUGUAAUAACAAUGAUGCGAUACGAUUUUAAACUACGAAGUAUUUUAGAGGAAGCAUUUUACUAGCCAAAAUCGUCUUGUUGUUGAACAUUGAACCGGUUGUAGAAACAUAGUUCCGAUAUUAUAUACUAUACUGUUGUACUACUGUACGAUGUUUUAUUAGAAAACGGUUGUUUUCGUCAAAUUUUGUAUUUUUAUUUUCCUAUUGAAACAACACUAUUCAAGAGAGCUAAGUUAAUUUUACCACACAUCCAUUGCCAACAAUGUGUAUUAGCACGAUCAUGAACGAUCAUAAUGAAAUAAAUGUUAUCGUGAUGCUUCACCAACUGCAUAA